AUGCUGAUCAGCGGGACGGUGGCAGAACAGACAGGGCAGUGGGGCGGAGUGGCCAGGCGGGAGUGCAGAGCAGCAGCAGUGGCAGAGAGCAGCAGUGGCAGGGCAGCAGUGCUCGGGCAGCAGUGGCAGGGCAGUAGUGCAGAGUGGGCAUGGCAGGGCAGCAGUGGACAGCUGUGGCAGGGCAGCAGGGCGGGGGUGGCAGAGCAGCAGCAGGCAGAGAGCAGGCAGUGGCAGGGCAGCAGGGCGGAGUGGCAGAGCAGCAGUGGCAGCCACAAGGUCGCCACAGGGUCGCCACUGGGCACUAUGAUUCCGCGGCUCGCUCGGUUUGAUUUAUGGUAA